UAUAAAGAAAACGUCCGACGUUACAGAAGUAGGUCAGGCUGUGACGCGCGACGGGUAAAUCGAUAUAAUCUAAAUACGAUGUAUUCGUGCGAAGGGUGAAGUAAUGCCGUGGCAUAAACGCGCUCCGCUAAAUGCGGAAGCAGAUUGGAGCGUCAUACUGACCAGUGAUACCCACAUCGGGGAUGAUGCGUACAUACAUCGCGAGGCACCUGUACAUUUUAUUAUUAGCUACCCUUCGUGGUGACGAAGUACCCGCGUCCGAUCUACUCUUCUGCGCGUAGAUCGAAGUGCACGUUACGUACGCAACGUUCCCGACCUCAUCUGGCGUCGAGCUUCGUCCGCGAUUAUCGCGGAAUAUUGAGAAAUGCGGGAUAUUGAGAAACUCUGCUGCGAGGCAGGUGAAGAAAUCGAUUCAAUACUCGCGUUUAUAUAUGUGAUCGGCGCGCGCCCGUGCGCGCAUGUACCCCGGACCUGCGGCUGCACAACCGACGGCGGCGGCGGCGGCGGCGGCGGCGGUGACGGGUUGUUACCUAGGACACCGUGUGCACGCGAGGAGUGCCGCGUUGCGGGCAACACUUUCGGCACAGUCGUGUCCUCGGUGGCAGUGUCGACGGGGCCAUGCACGUCGACGUCCGCGUCGCGACGUCACAAGUUCGAGUGUCGAGGAAGUGCAUAUCGGAACGAGACUUUCGGAUGCGUGCGUGCGUUGACACACGGGGAAACGGCGAGUCGAAGAUGUAGGCAUCGACACGAGAGGAGGAGGAGGAGAAGAAUUCCACGAGGAGUGCGAAACACCGUAAAAUGUACGUCACUUUUAUCUCGCGAAUAUAUCGUUUUCUUUAGUUGCGCUCGAUUUUCGAAAAUCCUAUGCCGUUUCAGUGUUGAGAGUAUCGUGCGCGGCGAAGUUAAUGAUUAAACUUAAUUGCCUGCGUUCGUCGAAUCGACUUGUACGAAGAAGUAAGAAGGGCACGUACUAAGAAACUACUCGGAACGGGAUAAUUCCAUUUUUCCUAGAAGACCCAAAAUAGAAAUCUAAGAAAUAACUGAACGAUUCCGAUCAAUAUCUAUUUCAUGAUACGUGCCUAGAAUUCAAGAUAAAAUUAGGUUUAUGCAAUAAAACGGGAAAACGAGCGGCAAAGAUUCAACAGGAAUCGAUCGACCAAUUACGAUCAAGAAGUAUCAGUUUAAAAUUCUCGACUGUGAUUGGCCGAUUGACUACUUUAAUUUCGCGCUCUUCGGCGUGCCAUGUCGGUCUUGUCACUCCGCCCGCGAGAGCUUCGAGUGUCUUUCUUCCGGCCGUGCGCGGUUGUGCAUCGAUAAUGGCGCAAGUCCUUGCCGCAGCCUUGCGUUUUUACCUCGAGACUGAGCGCUAUGUAAAUACGAGCACGCAGUACAACGCGGGGAACGCUUGCGACUCCUUCGCAACGUGCACCGAUAACCCCUUCCUGCCGGAUAUCGAGCGUCAGCUAUUGACGGGACAUCGCGUCCAAGGUCAGCGUGAGCAAUCGCGGUUGUCACCUGGAAACGUCCUCGUGACUGCGUGCGUCAGUAUGCUCCUACGUCCUCCGGAUUGAUCUUCCUGGUACGUGAGUCAGGAUCGCCGGAACGAACUGGUUGGCCUCGUGGCGAGGAUGAGCG